CGGGAUGAUCUUUUUAACUUGACUUCAGAACGUCUCUCGUGCUCGUAGAGAACCACGCGACAAUCCGUCUUGCGGCGUACGUUUUAUCAACCAUCGCGAAAAAUUCAUUCAAGUUCUCUAGCGUUCUCUGAGUUCUCUCAUUCAAAAACCUUUCAUCUAAUAAUAAUAAUAUUCACGACAGUCAGAUAAAUAAGAUCUCUCAGACAUGGUCGUCCCUACGGAACAUGCUCUUAAUGAGGCGAUACAAGUAGCACCAUUGGUACUUUCGGACGAUGUAAAGAGACAAAAGAUCGUACAAAAAUUGGCACGUUUGCAAUUUUCGGCCUCUACUGUCAGGAAAAUCCAAGAUGUUUUCGUGUCGGAAAUGAAUAAAGGAAUUCAUCAGCAGCCGUCAUCGCUGCAGAUGGAGAAUACUUACGUACCGGAGCUUCUCGAUGGCACAGAGGAGGGUUUGUAUUUGGCGCUGGACCUUGGAGGCACGAAUUUCCGAAUACUUCUUUUAGAGUUGGCUCAUGGUACACCUAUACGCGAAAAGGUGAAGAAAUACCACAUUAGCUCUGAUUUGAGAGUAGGCUCGGGGAUUCGUCUGUUUGAUUACCUAGCGGAAUGCGUCAGUGAUUUCGUCAUUGCACACGGUCUUCAGGAUGUAGAGCUUCCUCUUGGAUUUACAUUCUCCUUUCCGAUGAUUCAACAUUCGUUGGACAUUGGAAUACUGGUAACUUGGACUAAAACCUUCAAUUGUCCCGAUGUUGUCAACGAGGAUGCCGUGAAGCUGCUUCGGGAAGCUUUGGAUCGUCGAGGAGACACUAAAGUAAAAGUCAUGGCGAUUCUAAAUGACACGACAGGAACGUUGGUGCAAGGAUCAACGUUGGACCACGAUACUGCCAUCGGACUUAUAUUAGGUACCGGUAGCAAUGCCUGUUAUCUUGAACGAGCCGAUAGAGUCGAGCAUUGGGAGACUGAGAGACACGGAGAACGCGAAGUUAUUAUCGAUAUUGAAUGGGGCGCAUUUGGAGACAACGGUGUCCUGGACUUCAUAAAAACGGAUUACGAUCGUGAAAACGACGCGAAUUCACUUAUUGUAAAUUCGUUUACGUUCGAAAAGUACAUCAGUGGAAAAUACCUGGGUGAGAUUGUGCGAGUGGUACUCGCAAAGUUAACCAAGGAAGGUCUUCUAUUUAUAGGGGAUCACACGCCCGGAUCUCUUUUAGUUCCGGGCAAUCUCACCACCGAUUUAAUAUCUGAUAUUGAACAAGACUCCGUGGACGGUGGUGAUAGUAAUACGAAAGAAAUUCUGAUGAAGUUUGGUAUUGUUCCGGACGAAGAAGAUAUCAAAAUUGUGCAGUAUGUUUGUGAAGUAGUGUCCAAUCGUGCAGCUCUUCUCGUUUCAAUUUGCCUAGCAGUUCUGUUGAAACGAAUCGAUAAGAAGAAUGUCACAAUUGCUGUAGAUGGAUCUCUUUACAAACACCAUCCUAGACUAGAGACAUGGAUUAAACAAUAUAUUCCUCUAUUAGCUCCUGAUCAUAAAUUCAAGAUGAUUCACGCUGAGGACGGAAGUGGAAAAGGUGCUGCACUGGUUGCUGCGAUUGCACAAAGACUUCAUGAAAGAUUAGGCUAGUAGUAGGUAAAAGUUCCAAGUACGCUGGCGUAUAAGUUUCUUGUUAGUGGUGUGAACGAUUUGCAUCAGAUCUCUAGUUGAGCAAUUGUUCAGAGUAUAGUAUAAUUUUAACGGCCAUGUACAGUCACAUUCCCUAUGUUGAUAACGUUAUCAUUCACAUUUUUAAUCUUCUACAUUCAAAGAUGUUGCAUAUAUUUUCGUUUAUAUUUUUAAUAUGGUUGCAUACAACUUGUUAUAUCGAUGGUGUUGUAAUUGAAGGCGUUUUGUUGCUUCAUAUCACAGAGGUGAUAUUCGGAGGAAGAGUUAGAUUUAUGAAUUGUAUAUUUUUACAAAGAAAAACUUUAGAAAACAUAUGAUUCCUAAAAGGAAUGUAACGUCAUUUUAUCACGUCUUCAAAUGCUGUGUAUCUCGCUUAGAAUGCUACAUUCUACAGCGUUUUUGGGAGCUAUGUAUCUUCCUGAAAGCUUAUGUUUGAAUAUAUUGUAGAGUUUAUCUUUCUUAUAUUGUUUCAAGCAUUCGUGUUGUUAUUUGUUUCUUUUUAUCGUGGUUACGUAAGGUAAAAGAAAUUAAUUCGAUCUUACCUGUUGGAGAUAUUUCUCGCAAUUUAGGAAAUGAAAAUAUGUCGCACUGGUCGACAUUAAACCUUUUGACGAAAGUUUCAGAGUUCAAUAACUUUUAUAGGAAGUAUUAUCUCAAGCUGUUUUGAAAAUACAUACAACGUAGUCUGAAAAUGAACCACUUAGUACAUGACGAUGAGGUGUAGUAUGUGUGAGUGUAAUUGUGUACCAUGAAAAAAAAAAAAGAAAGAAAUGAUACAGUCACGAUUGAUGUGAGAGUGAAUAUACUUUGAGUAUUGUGAGCAGCUGUCUGUAUUUGCACAUAAAAGCAAGAAACAAUUGUGAUAUGGAUACCACUAAACAAAGACACUGGAACAAAGAGGUAGGAAAGUAAGUACAAAGUAAGAAAAAUAUGGUGUAAGCAUUCGAAAACGCAAAUGUUUGUAUAAUAUAUUGUUAUAUCUUAUAAAUGAUCGUGGGGACGUCCGGUUUUUUGUACUAGUGGAACGAGAUUGUUAUAAUAAAACUCCAAAUGAAAAUCAA